AUGGAAGGGCUGCGCAAGGAACGACUGUUUGGACCGACUGCUGAAGAUGACGUGAGCGUUGUAGCGACGGCUGAUUUGAGCGACUGCGAGUCCGAUGCGGAUGAUGAGGAUGUUAUGACCGACAACGCCAUAGCUCCAGAAGGUGUAGAAGACGUAGACGACGUGGAAAUGAAUGAAGGUGAUCUCGACACUGGGACGUUUGAUUUGACUGAUGACGAUCUUCGGACCAUUGCGGAAAGUGGUUGGGUAACCUACGAUGAGGAGCACAGCGGAAAUCUCCAAGUCGACGCCGCAACGGACUAUUACGACGGGAAAUAUGGCCCCACCCGUUCUGCUAUCGCCUACGCGGAUUCCCCGUUGGGCAUGUUCUUCUACUUUCUGCCCAAGGAGCUCUGGGUUCGUAUAGCUGAAGAGACAGAGCUCUACCGACUGCAGAAUAUCCCGGCAAUGACAAUCUCUCGCCGAGAGAAGUUGCUAGCCCGACAGGCCAAGGAUCCGCGCGUGAGUGUGCCUAACCUGGAGGAUAUUGAAGCAGACUUGAACAAGUUCAAGCCCAUUCAAGCGCAUGAGAUCGUGCACGUCGUAGCGCUGCUCUUUGCUAGGGCUGUGGCGCCAAUUCGGGAUGGCCUAGCUCACCACUGA